AUGUCUGCCUCAGAGACCCCCGCGAAUGUGGCGACGAUUUCGUCGCCCGACAUGUUUAUGCAGAUCAUGCAACAGGAUCUCGACCGUGUGACGCUGCUCAACUUCUGGGCGCCGUGGGCGCAGCCGUGCGAGCAGAUGAAUAAGGCUGUCGUUGAUUUCGCAUCGCGGUACCCCCAAGUCCUCUUUAUGAAUAUCGAGGCAGAGGAGCAGCCUGACGUCGCCGAGUCCUUUGAUGUUGAGGCCGUUCCGACCGUUGUUCUGCUGCGGGGCCACACGCUUCUCGGCAAGAUUAGUGGCGCGAAUGUGCCUGCGGUGCUUGAUGCGCUUGCGGCGCAUGCGAAUGCCGGCGCUGUGCGUGCCGACGGCCUAUCGCAGUCGAAUGCCCCCCCCCAGGCCGCGCCGAGCAGCUACCAGGCCGCGGGCGGCGUGCGUACCGCGGCUGGGCCCGAGGAUGCGCUGCUGCACGAGCUUCCUGCCGGUGUGGACGUCGACCACGAGUCCCCGCAGGACACGGAGCGCCGCUGCCACGAGCUGAUGAACCGUUCCAAGGUCAUGCUCUUUAUGAAGGGCCACCCCAACAUGCCGCGGUGCGGCUUUAGCCAAAAGACGGUGGCGCUGCUGCGCGAGCAGAACAUCGACUUUGACCACUACGACAUUCUAUCGGACGAAAACGUGCGGCAAACGCUCAAGAAGAUCAACGAAUGGCCUACUUUCCCCCAGAUCAUUGUGAAUGGCGAACUGAUCGGCGGUCUGGACAUUGUCAAGGAGCAAAUUGCCACGGGCGAGUUUGCGGAGCUCCUCCAAUAG